AAGUUUUCACGAGUCACAGUUCAGAGCGUCUCUUCAAAAAUGAAAGGAAGGGAAUUUUCACCUCCUAUAAAUCGUUGACUCAAGAGUUUCUAAUUAGCUUUAGUUUCUUUUGUUAAAUCAUUAAAAUAAUCUCCUAAAAACGUUCUAUUACAACUAGCAGAACUAUCGAAAUAGUUAACGUGGUAGUUUUCUCAUAAAUUUAUUUAAAAACAAGUGUAAGAAAAUGGAUCCUGGUAUCCUUUGUUUCCACCAUUGCGAACACAAAGUAUUUUGCACAAUUAUCCCAGAAGAAUGUCCUGUGUGUCACCAUAAAUUAGAUAGAUACGACUACAAUCUGUUGCCAUUCAGAGUGCCCUAUCCUUUCGUAAAAGCUUCUCAACAUCCACGAGCCAUCGUUAUGAAACCCACUCAUGGAGAUUUCCUCAAUGACUAUUAUAAUUCCAAGGAUUUACAUAUAGGAGUCACAAACUCCCUCGGCCGAGUUGUGGAGUUUUGUGAAGAAGGUAUCAGAGGUGUGGAUACAAAUACAAAGAAGUGGAGCUCUCGUGAUACCACUGCUGAAUGGGACCAAUGUCUGCUGCUUGAGCAGUUUGAUGAACUCUGGAAUGAAAUUUGGGAUAGUGUUCUACUGAAGGUGAGUCUUAGUCCUCUAUGGGAAGCGGAUAGAUAUAAUGAAGACAGACAUAACUGUUUCACAUUUGUGCUUGCCUUCCUCCGAGCUCUUGACUGUGGUGAACUCUCAGAGAAGGCUCAGGAUCCCAAGCUGUUUUGCAAGCAGUAUGUUGUUCCUAGGACCUCUGCUGCAGGGAAGUAUAUUUCACUUUAUCGACAGCUCAAAAGACAGAGCUACUUCAUACAGAACCAAUGAUAGCCUAUAGAAUACUUUCAUAUGUAUUUAUUUAUUACAUAUUCAGUAUUAACUGUGAUGUAUUUUUAGACUUAAGACUUAAAUUAAAGUGCAUUUAAUUAAGACCAAUGAUAUUUGUUUUACAAUAACUUAUUAACAGUGAAUUUGAACAAUUUGUCUCAAAAAAUGUUCUUACUGUAUUAACUGAAUCUACAUCACCGGAAACCUAUUACCAACCUUUGGUUAUCCAGUUAAAAAAAUAAUGAUAUUAAAAUGGUAGGUAACAGACAAAUGCAAUUUUUUAUUUUAAAAAUAUAUUUUUGCUAUUAUUGUUCAACUGUGCAUUUGAAUGUCGAAUUAUUUUGUUUCUUUUUUAUAACAUUAACAUUUUGCACUUGGUUUAGUUAAACUAUUUUAAACUCUCGUUUAUAAGCCCUGAUAUGUCUUGAAUAGGAAAUAUUUAAUAUUAAAUUAUAAAAAUACAAGGAAAAAUGCGAAAAAUCUCUUUCCAACAAGUGAGCCUACUUAGUAUUAAAAUACUUGUAAUGUAGGUAGAUACAGGGAUAUUUAAUUGGUCAAAGUCUAUCGGCCAAAGAUUGUGAUAAUUUCUCAUGAUUUAUUUCAUUUUCUUAUAUAUUUAAAUUGUUAUAAAAAUAGUUAAAGUAUCUUGCCAUUUCCGACAUUGCAUUUUUGUCAAGUCCAGGCCAUUGAAUAGUUGAUAAGUAAAAUAAAUCAUUUAAAAAUCUAACUUACUGUUCACUGACCAAAUAUUUCACUUUAACUAGAUUAUGACGUAUGUCUAUUGGAGGAAUUAACGAAUAAGUCACUUCACCAACCAUUUGGAAUUUGAGGUAGGUAGCACUUAGUCUUCCGUACAGUGAUCUAAAUGUAUCCCGGACUACUUCAUACAACAUAUCUCGAAGGUGUAGUUAUUUUAUGAGAUGUCUUGGAUUGCAGUGUUGGUUGUCAAUUAACUUUAUACACAUAGAUUUAUUUCAAGACGUCAAACUUUUUCCAGGAAAUUUUAAUUAAUACCUAUUACAACAUGCUAACACCCUGUAUAAUAGGAGAAUAUAUGCAUAUUUUAAUAUUAUAAUGUAUAGGUUGUUACAAAAUAUCUAUAUAGGUACAUACCACGUGGUAAGAUAUGGUAUCUUGGCUAACACUUCCAAAAAAAGUUCCGUCUCGUCGCUGCCAGUUAGGUCCACUGUACAAUACGAAAACCUCUUUUCCAAUGUGUUUAUUUCACAUAAAGGAUCUACCCAUGGUGUCGAUUCUAUUACCACUUCAUGUGUAUAUUUAUAAGUAGAUAUUUUGUAAUGCAUACUUAAGUUGAAUAUCAUUGUCCUACCAUACAUAUUAUAUUAUUGUAAAAAUGAAAGUUUUUUAAGAACUGCUUUAGAUUAGAUGUUGUUUGGUUUACACAACAUCUAAUUACUACAAAUUUUGAUAAAAGACAUUUCAUUAGAUUAUUAAAUUCCAUCUCUACAGCUAGUAGUAAAAUGGAUCAUCAUGUAUAGUGACAAAGAAUAAUUUUCCUUAGUACCAUUGUUUUCAAAAUUGAGUCAUUUUUACUCAUAAUGCGUGUAUUAACCUCAGCCGCCCGAACACUGAUAAGUGGCUAAUUUAACGGAAAUGUGUCAUGUUUGAUUUAAGUCGACACAUGCAAUUUCUCUGAAGUGACAACGACAAGUCACCACGACAACGAUAUGGAAUUAGAAAAUUAAAUUAAACUGCGUGAAAAUUUUACUAAUGUUAAUUUUAGUAAUGUUAAUCGACAUUGCAUCUCAGUAGUUCUUAUUUCCACUACUACUAUUUAGAUAGAAUAUUGACUUGGCGUUAGCAGAAUCGACACCGCUAUACUCAGUAGUGAUAAAAUAAACCCCAGUUUAUAUUCCUUAUGCUCAAAUAUAAUAUUAUUGCUUACCUUUAAACUUCACUUACAUUUAUAGUCAUUGGUGUUGUGAAUAUCAUUGCAUAUCUGAAAAUCUCAGCUGCUUAGACAUAGUGUAGAUUUUCUAGAUAAUUACAUGAUUCUUUGUGUAAAUGAUACUAAUGAGUAACGGCCUUGACUAACCAGAUUGAUAUGAACUUUCAAAGUAAAGUAUGACUCCACAAUUUUACUCACGUUAGAGGAAUGAGGUGUCAAAUGUGGUUAUACCAAGUUUAUUUAAAACGAGGAUAUACAAUAUCCUCGAUUAUUGUAGAUUACUUAUUAUAAAUUUAUUUCGUCUGUUUACCAAAUGGAUUUGAAUGAAGCCUACAUUUGAUAAAAUGCUUUGCUUUGAUUUUCUAUGUCAAGUGGUUCGGAAACGCCUUGAUUUGAAUUACUUUGUGUAUCUUGCUAGGGAAUACUCAUAAGUACUCGUUCCUGUCAUGUUUAUGUAAUAAGACUUGAAAUUUUGUAAACGAUUUGAAGACAAGUUUCUAGGUGCUAUGUUUAAAUAAAAAAAAAUUGUUAAAAUUA